UGGCGCCCCAUCCCGCCACCACUGCCGCCGUCCCGAGGCCUGCACUUAACUGCGUGUGCGACGCUUCAGUCGGUCAACCGCAGGCGGACACUUCGGCAAGAAACACUGCGUCUUGUUAGCGUUGUAUCCAACCAGGGAACUUUACCAGCACAACACCAGCUAUGCCUAAAGUAAAAUCUGAGAAAAGAAACAGCCCCUCAAAGAGCCCACUGGAAGGGGAAAAGAAAUCAGGAUGGGGCAGUGGUGGUCAAUUAUUUGGCUCAGAGACAAAUGAAAACACGUUUCAAGGAGCAGGCUUUAAGGACAAAGACAAGGCACUGGAGACAUUAAAGCUACUUGAUGGUCGUGACAUCUCGUAUCAGUUCCAGAUAAUAAAUUCCAUGUAUCAUCGAGCAAAGGUUAUUCUAAAACGUACAAAAGAUGAGGAAAAAGUUCACAAUCUUACAGAAGCAAUUGAAGUUUUUGAGAAUUGGAUUAAUGAUUACAAAGCACACAAUAGAUCAAGAGAGAACUUCAGCUACCUUCCACUGGAAACUGUUGACGCCUAUAAACCACUAGCACAACGUUAUGGUGUUUUUGUGGAAGGUGAAAAGUCAUUCCUUCACGUGUACAAAGAAGCAGAAGGCGAUCACAAAAAACUAAGACAACUGAAGGUUGACAAAGAUGAUGAAAAUAGCAUUACCUGGGACAUACACCGCAACAAGAAUCUGAAGGAAAUUUCAACACGCAUAAAGACUGAACAUCUUCCUUUAUUUGAGACUGAUAUAGAGUACAGAGGACUGCCAAGCAAAGAACAUGUUGAAAUGAUUCAAUGGGGUUAUAGUCCUGAGGUCACCAAAAUUAAAAAGCUGAUACCACAAAUAGCAGAGAAGCUGAAUGGAGCAACAAAAGAAAACAUGGUUAUUGAUAGUAAUGGUGAUAGUAACAGCAACAGCAGCAAUGGCAGCAGUGUCAAUGAAGACAGUUGUAAAAGUGCUGAGAAACCAAAAGAGGAAAUAAGUACAAAUGGUGAAGUUGCUGCAGAAGCAUAACAACAAAAUACAGAUUCUGAUUCAGUAUGGAAGUCAGAGGAAAUGUUAAGUCUACUUUUGCCUUAUUUCAUAUCAAUAUGUUAUACGGUAUGAAUUUAAUUUUUGUAUAUUUUUAAGUUGUUCACUGACCCAUCAACUGAUAUCAAAUACCAUGAAUGUGAACUGUUGAAGAAAAAUUUGUGCCAGUGGAAAGAAUGUGUGUGUAUUAGAAUAUAUUAAUAUUUAUUUAAGUAGCAGUUGUGUGUAUCUUGCACAUUUCUUCAAAAUUUUGUACAUACAACAAAUGCAAUUGUGUUAGCUAUUUUUUUGUAUAUACUGUUAGAAAAUAGCAUUGCCCAUUUAGAAUACUGAAGUUAGUGUAAUAUUUAGAAACAUUCUCAUGUUGUAUUAGUUUCUCAAUGUAUAUAACACAGUAAUUAAAAAUGUAUAUGAACAUAUGAAAAGUCAACACUGUGGAUAUAAUUUUAAAAUUUUGUAGAUUUUCUUUAUAUAUUUUGAAAUGUAUGUAUAUCUAGCUCGGUUUUGAGAAAACAUUAUGGCAUUGUUAAACCACAUACAUAGUCAAUAAAUAAUUUAAUAACUAUAUAUGAGAUAUUGAGUCCUGAUCACAAAUAUAUACUUCGAUGUAAUUAGCACUUACUCUUUGUAAGCCUUGAUGUUAACUCAUUAUCCUGCAGAAUACAGCCUUUUGAAAAUUA